AUGACCAAGUUGCCCGCUCUGGAAGCUACAGAAAUACUCAAUCUCUUGGCCCGGAAGAUGACCGGUACUCAGAAGGGCCUCGCGAAUCAUUGGGAGUUUCACCCCACAGACCAUGACUUCAUACGGCGAUUUCCCGAUAUCGUCCAACAACAAUCAGCCGCCUGGGAAAUGCGCAUUCGCCAACUGUGUGUCCAAUUAAAACUUGAACACCUGGUAUCCGACGGUGCCCGCCGUCGUCGUCGUGGUUCCGGCCGUCUGUCCUCAGAAAGUGGCUCUGAAGCAGAAUAUGACAUUCCAUCCCUGGUGUCAGGUGUGCACGUGUCUGGUGGUACUAACAAACGACGCAGACGCCAACUCAGUUUAUCUCAGGCCGACAGCAGCAGCAGCGGCGGUCGCGAAAUGGAUGGAUCGGCCGGGAAAGAACCACCACGGAAACGCGCUCGGACCCAAAGUUUAUCAGUUGCUGCUCUUAAUUCCACCCCACCAAAUGAGGUCCCGAAUUUAGACACAAAUAACAACGAGAUUUCCCGAAUUCCAGCGGUUCCUGCGUUUUCAAAGCCAAUGAGUCCUCCCAUACGGCCCCCGCUUACCGCUGUUGGAGCUGCAACAACACCAGUAAUGAAAACAUCAUCACCGCCGUUGAAACCAAUCAGUUCACCCCCACCACCUUCCACAGAGCCGAACAACGUGCCCGCCCCUUUCAUGGUAAAAGCGGAGCCACCUGGCUCACCAGCCCGCAAUGAUAGUCCACUACACAACAAUGAGCCGUCUCCUAAAGACGACAAUUCCAAUCUCCUCACCGCGCAUUCCAACGCAAUGACUCCAAAGUUGGAAUCCGAAGUUCAGUCUGAUCCCUCCAGAACAAGUCUCGUUAACCUGAUCCGGGACAUGGUUCGCACGCGACCGAUUGUUGGGCUUAACGAAGUUAUCAAGCGCAUCCAGCAAACUAUCGGAUUAGAGUUAUUACAAGCUCGGAACAUUCUACCCGGAUCGGAAGCCGAACGAGAACUUCUCACAACCUGGAUCUUGGAAUCUCUAGCAGAUGCGGAUGCGCGACAAAUUAACGUUCCUUGGCCUACCAUACCAACCGCUUUGCCUCAGGACGUCCUGAUCACAGCUAUUGUAGGCGGCACAGAAUGCGGUGCCGUGUCGGAGGUGACGCAAAAGCUGCGUGGUGUCAUUCUCGAGCUGUUCGAAUCGUGUUCCAGUGUUCGUAUCAAAGAGGUUCAAGACAAAUUGGAUCAACUUACCGAGGUCGCGCUGCCUAAAAAGUCUAUUUAUGCCAUGCUCAAGCAAUAUUGUGUCUUCCGACACAACCGCUAUUUUCUUCGACUAACCGUUUCCGAGUGA